UAAGACACCACCCAUCAUAAUGACAGCAGAAGAAUCAGACUCCAGCGUUAUUGGCUACGCUACCUUCCUUCACAAGAAUCGAGAACUAAGGCUUUACCAGGGAGGGCGCCUCGUCUUGCAAGGUGCUCUCUGCACAGAGAUAAAGGCUAACCAGUUACCUCGGCUGAAGAAGCCGCGCAAACCAGGGGAAGCCGGUUUCCAGUGGCAGUCCACAGGUCUCAACAUUGGGCACGAGCAACAUGGCGAUAUCGACACGUACAGUGUUAGAUGGAGCAGCACCACGGAUCCAGACUUCCCGCUCAGGGACGAGUUUCAGAUGGCAGGCGCCCACUGGUACGGCUGUGGCACCGUGCACCAACAGCUCUGGCCCAUCGAGAAAUGGCAAAGGGACAUCUCCCCUUUUGUCUCCCCUUUUGGUUACAUGAUUGAGCGAUAUUGGUUAUCGUCGUUGGGCGUGGCAAUAGUGGUUGGCAACGAGGUGCCGUUAUUUGUAGGUAUGAACAGCAGGGGAAACGGGAAGUUGUCAUUCUUGGCUCAGUAUAAUGAUUCCCCGUACAAUAAUCCGAAAGGGCGCAGGCCUUUUCUAGAGUACACCGUCAUCUCAGGCCCCAGUCCGGUGGUUGUGCACAAGUUUGCCAUGAAGAACUUCUUCUCUCUUCCUCGCGGCGUACCGGAUGAGCGCAUGUUCCGUUCGCCCGUGUGGUCCACCUGGGCGCGCUACAAGGUGCACGUCACCCAGCGCGGCGUGCUGGACUACGCCGGGGAGAUCUCCUCCCACGGGUUCAGCAACAGUCAGAUAGAGAUUGACGACGACUUUACAACACAGUACGGCGAUUUCAGGUUCAACUUGAAUAAGUUUCCAGACGCUAAGGGGAUGGUAGACCAACUCAAGGCCGAUGAUUUUCGCGUCACCUUGUGGGUUCAUCCUUUCUCGAACUUGGACUCGCAGUCUUUCGCAGAGGGUCGUGAUAAGGGGUACUUCCUGGGUUCUCACGAUGAGGCGGAGGGCGCCGGGGUCAAAGCCGUGGAAUGGUGGAACGGAUCAGGAGCGGUCGUCGACGUGACCAAUCCGAAAGCGCGGGAAUGGUAUUGUAGCCGCCUCCGCGACUUACAGCAAGAAUCCGGCAUCGACUCCUUCAAGUUUGAUGCCGGGGAGAACCUGUACUUACCGCCGCACCUGUCAGCACACCAACCCAUGGUCAAUCCGUCUGACUUCACCACAAAGUAUGUUCAGACGGUUGCUUCAUUCGGACCCAUGGUCGAAGUGCGUGUAGGUUACCGCAACCAAGAUCUGCCGAUCUUCGUCCGUAUGAUGGACAAGGACUCGAACUGGGGUUACGACAACGGACUGCGGACCGUCAUCCCAUCCGCACUGACGCUUAGCAUCCUGGGAUAUCCCUACAUCCUCCCUGACAUGAUUGGCGGGAACGCGUACGAGGCAGGGUUCCACGAGACGCGGCUGCCAGACCGGGAGCUGUUCAUCCGGUGGGCCCAGGUCACUGCGUUCCUGCCGGCUAUGCAGUUUUCCAUCGCCCCGUGGCAAUACGACGAAGAAGUGGUGCAAAUCUCGAAGCGGUACGUCGAACUACACGAGAACUUCGUAACGCCGCUCGUUCUGAAGUUCGCGGAGGAGGCGAUGAGAGACGGGAGCCCGAUCAUACGGCCGCUGUGGUGGCUGGCUCCGAGCGACGAACAGGCACAGGUCGAAGACUCAGAGUUCUUGAUCGGAGACGAGGUUCUUGUGGCACCAAUCUUGGACCAAGGAAGGACCUUUCGUGACGUGUACCUGCCGCCUGGCGGAACGUGGCAGGACUACAGGGACGGCUCCGUGCAUGACGGAGGACAAACCUUAAGAGAUGUUUCAGUGCCUUUGGGAGAUGUGGCAUAUUAUGUAAGGAAGGGGUGACAGGAUUGUGCUGAAAAUAAUACAUAAACUUACUGUAAAUAUUGUACAUUCAGCUUUCCACAAUGAGCUGUAGUAGAAUGGCUCUGGACGGAUUAAUUCUAAAGGCACCCAAAGCUAUUUCAGGGCAGUAAAUCUGGAUUUCCAAAAUAACUUUUCUGGUCAUUUUUUCAAAUGAAAGAAAGAAUGAUAGACCUUUAUUUGUUGCACGUUUAUGCUCUUAC